AUGACUCAUGAUAGCGGUGUUACCACUCGACCGGCUACGAUGCCUCCACCUGAGGCAAGCAGCAGCAGCAGCCAGGUAGCUGCUCAUCUUGCCAAUACCCACGAUGGUAUCAACAGCAAUGGUGGUCAGAACCACCCUAUGGCGGAUACUGGCAUGAACGCCAUGCUGAGCCAGUUUAGCGGACUCGGAAUUAAUGCUAUUGCACCGAUGCCUCCCAUGAUUCCCAUGACUACAGCUGACGGUCGUCCCGUUGCGUUCCUUCCUAACUACCCUGUCCCGUCUCAGGGUAUUAUGCCUCCUGGAAUGCCCCUUGGUUAUGCGCCAGCCCAAGCCGACGCAUACUCUGGAACGUACCUCUCCCACGGUGCUUAUCAGCAUCCUCUGUACACCUUUGCACCGUAUGGUCAGGCUCGCGCCGGAGUUGCUCAUGAGCGAACUGAGACCAGCAAUCGCGAGCUCCCGGGUCUGGACAUCCGUCGUUCUUCUUAUUCGACGAACGAAUCGACCCCAGCAACACCGUUUCUUGGAAGUAUGUCUCGAGAGCACGGUCCUCGUGUAACCGUGUUUGAUCGUUCGUCGUACACGACUCCCUCUCCUCAGCAGCUCGUUUCUUCUGAGGCUAUGCAGGAGGCUAAGUCUGCUCUGCUUGAUCGAUCGCCUAAGAUUCCUCGCGCCAUUGAGGCUAUCUACACUCCUGAGCAAAACAUGAAGACCCUGGAGCAGAGUCUUGUCAAUCCUCUCCCGGGGAACCGUAACGUUUACAUCCGUGGCCUUCACCCCAACACGGAUGAUGCGCUCUUGCUCAAGUAUGCUGAGCGCUUUGGAAGGGUUGAAACUUCCAAAGCCAUCAUCGAUUCCAAGACGGGAGCAUGCAAGGGUUUUGGCUUUGCAAAGUUCUAUGAUGUCCGCGAUUCACAGAACUGCAUCCGAGGGUUUUAUCAGCGGGGCUACGAGGUUGGAUUUGCUCGGGAAUCUUUCAAUUCCCGACUCCAGGCUGAGGGUGACCCUCAGUCGACUAACUUGUAUCUUUCCAACCUCCCACGAUCGUGGCGUGAGACUGAACUUCUCGCCAUGUUCGAAGGCUUGACCGUACUUUCCAGCAAGGUUUUAACUGAAGCGGGUACGGAGAACAGCCGCGGUGUUGGUUUUGCUCGAUUUGAGAAUCAUGAGAUUUGCGAACAUGUUAUCAAGCAAUUCUCUGGCCUCAUCCUUGGUGUAGAGCGCCUCCCGCUGCAGAUUCGCUACGCCGACACAGCAGCCCAGAGAGAGCUCAAACGUGUAACGGCUAAGCGCCGUCAAUGGCGCACCAAUGAGUAUAAUGCGAGCGCUUAUGGUACAACCCAAGUUGGAAUGAACCCGGCUCAUAGCUUUAACUAUCGAUAUAACGCUGGUUCUCAUCGUGCUUCCCACCAGGGUGACUCCCGUGCUUCGGGCGACUCAAGCAGCUUUGCACCCGGACACGAUGACGGUGUCGAGAUCCGCGUCGAGUCGCCCUUAAUCGCACAUGGCAGCAACCAAUCGUCGCCCGUGAAACAGGAGAAGGAGUAAUUCUGGUCAUGCUUUCCAUAUCCGUACAUGUUUCGGCGCAUGCUCUUUACAUUAUACAUGUACAUCUUGACCACUCCCUGGCAAGUGGUUUGCCUUUGAUGUCGUCGCCGAUAUUCUACCCAUUAUAACGGUAUUACUGCCAUUAUCGACGACAUAUUGAUGACAUCAUAUCGACGAUGGUAUAGACGAUAAUAUACCUAACCUCGACGGCGAAUUAUCGCCCAUGAACAUAAUGCUGCCGGUGCGCACGGAUUUGUUAUGGUAUUAUUGAAACGAUUGUCGGAUUGUUGAGUUUUUUUUUCCUUUCUAGUUUCCUUUUUUACACUUCACCUUUCUUUACCGAGUUCUAGAGACGAUGAGUCUGUAUGCCACUACUUAUCAUCGUGCCUCUUACUCAUGAUGGACGAUACGAGGAAACGUGUGUGCGCGGCAGGUUGGCCCCUCAGUUUUUCUCAUUUUUACUUGAGCAUUAAUCAUCUUUCGCCCGUCUUUUCAUUUCAUUUUUUCUUUACCCCGUACCAACAGAUACAUUGGGGUUUCAGAUAGUUAGUCAGGCAUUAAUACGACAUUUUCC